CGGGAAAGCGUCUGCUCUCUCCGUCCUCAAUAUAAUGCCCCGUCCUGCUCCCCUCGUCGACGUCGCUGUUGGCUGUACGUUGCCGACGUGCUGCUCGACGUCGACGUGGCCGGCGCCCUUCCGCUCCCUGCCAGCGUGCGCUCGGUCUCCUCGGCCUCUUCCUUCCCGGCCCUCUCCUUCGUCUUCCGUCCUCUUUACAUCGCCUACUUCGGUCCCUGCUUGCGCGACGCGGUCCUACAGCUCGACGCCGACCUCGCCGGCAUCCUCUUGGCUCGCGUCAGACGCGUCUGCCCCUCUUGUCCUCUGUCCUCACCCCUUCUCGGUCGACGGCGGCCGUUCCCGCCUUUCUCCGCCCAUGAGGUCGCAUACUGCAAAAGCGUAUUGGCGUGUUCCACACCUACAACACGUUUCCGACACUGCUGCUGCCAACGCGCAAUGUACCCCGUUUCCGCAGUCGAUUCCGUCUGGUCGAGGCUGGGUCCAGCAGUGUGAAGAGGAAGAGAGCAGACGUACACCCACGAGAGGUUGCACCAGAGUCUUAUGACUCUGCGAGGCCGAGUACGGCGGAGACGCAGGACAGGCCGCACCCGGGAUUGGUGCCUGAACUGCAGGACGUCGCGAUAUCCGAGUCCGAACCGUUCGCGGGGCUCAUGGAUGUGGCGAUGCCAGUCGCAUACAGCGAGACUGUCGAAGGACCUUCGUGCCCAUUGAUGACUAUUGGUACGCACUGCGGAUGAUGUCCGGCAUCUUCCGCCUCGAGAAG